GUAUUCCUCGACUCUUUUCAGGGUUUUUGCUCGUCUUAUCUGUGAAAGAACUCUGAUUAGAUAGAGAGGAGGAGUUGCUGCCAAGUAUAAAGAAAUAGCAUAUUCAAGGGUUAGUUUGGAGCUGCUAAGCCAUGAGUUCCAGCAGCCGAAGAGGUGACGAUUUCUCAUUCUUCAGAUUGAGGAGAACCCAUUUCUUCAAGAUCAUUCUUGAAGACACCAUUCAAGCAAGAAAGCUUUUGCAGAGCCAUGAAUUCUACAAGCCGAAGAGACCACCAUGAUGGAUCUUCUGUUGCAGCAUCAGAGAGAAAACGUUUCUUCAAGCCAAUUCUUAAAGAUACUCUGCGAGAAGGAAAGCUUGAAAUACCAAGAGAGUUUGUGAAAAGAUUCGGAAGAAGCCUACCAAGCUUAGUGGUUCUUAAGGUCCCCACUGGUGCAGUUUGGCCUGUGGAAUUGUCAAAGCGUCAUGGCGAAUUUUGGUUUCAAAAAGGUUGGCAAGACUUUGCUGUGUAUUAUUCCCUAGAAUUUGGACACUUGCUAUUCUUUGAGUAUGAUGGAUCUAGACAUUUUCACGUAAUCAUAUUUGAUAACAGUGCUACAGAGAGCACACAUUUCUUCAGGCCAAUUCUUGAUGAUACUUUGCGAGAAGGAAAGCUUGAAAUACCAAGAGAGUUUGUGAAAAGAUUCGGAAGAAGCCUACCUAGCUUAGUGAUUCUUAAGGUCCCCACUGGUGCAGUUUGGCCUGUGGAAUUGGCAGAGGGUGAUGGCAAAUUUUGGUUUCGAAAAGGUUGGCAAAACUUUGCUGGGUAUUAUUCCCUAGAAUUUGGCCACUUGCUAGUACUUGAGUAUGAUGGAUCUAGACAUUUUCACGUAAUCAUAUUUGAUAAGAGUGCUACAGAGAUCAAAUAUCCAUGCGACAAUACUGUCUGUAGUGAGGACCUUAAACAUGCUGGAGACGAUACUGUCUGUAGUGAGGAGCUUAAACACGCUGGAGAAGAACAAUAUCCUGAAGUAGGAUGUAAAGCAAGAGAGAGGUCGCCGUUACCUUUUCCUUUUCCAAACAAGAAGGCAAGAAAUGAUUCAACUGUUCAUAGAAACAGCACUUCAAUGUCAGUUCCACAUUCUAGACCAAAACAAUUGACUCGUGAAGUUCCUCAUGAAGUUGAAGGAGUAAAAGUUUCCUGCCAAAAGGAAUUAGGUGCGUCUACAUCUGGGCUGAGACGUCCAAAAACUAAGGUUCAACAACCAUUAAUGUACCGGGAAAUUUUUGAAGCUCUGCAGAAAGCUAAUGGUUUCUGGUCUGCAAAUCCUCAUUUCAAGAUGGUCAUGGAGCUGUCAUAUGUUUCUACCAGAUUUGAAUUGGCUAUACCAGCAGAAUUUGGCAAGAUGUAUAUGAAGAAAAAGCGAAGUGAUGUCUACUUAUGUGUCUCUGACUGGAGAAUUUGGCCUGCUAAAUACUCAAAUCAUGAAUUCCAAUCAAAUCCAAAAAUCUAUGAUGGCUGGAAGAAAUUUGUUUGUGAUCAUUGUUUAAGAGUUGGUGAUGUAUGUGUAUUUGAGUUGAUUGAGAUCGACAAAAUAAAACUGAAAGUUCACAUCUACCAAGUUGAUGAGGAUCCAAAUAUUCACAGGUUACAAGGUGAGAAGACUUCCAAUAAAGACAUUAAAGCUUCUCAGGGAGCUGGUACUUUCAAAUCUCAAAAUCUGUGUUGCAGGGUGUUCAUGCAUCCAAGUUAUAUUCGUAGAGGUGGAUUGAGAAUGCCAGCAGACUUUGCUAAGGAUUAUCUUCCAGAAAGUCGAAGUGAUGUCACCCUUUGUACCCCUGACGGAAGAUCUUGGUCCGUAGAGUAUAAUAACCGGUUACUUCUUCCUAAGGGAUGGCUGAAAUUUGUGCAUGAUAAUAAUUUAGAAGUUGGUGACGUAUGCCUCUUUGAGUUGAUUCAGAGCUUUGAAAUCAAAUUGAACGUUUUUAUCAUCAAGAGUGCCGCUGGAAGUAGCUAUGGGAAAAUAGAAAGAUCACCCGCACCAGAUACUCGUCGUCAUAAGAAGAAGAGAAGCAAUUCAACUAGUCAAACAGAUAGUUCUUCGGAAUCUGAUUCACAUUCUAUAGAAAUUUGUUCUCAAUGUAGCGAGUCAGAGACGGAGACAACAUCACAUAGUUCUGCACAAAAAUUUGGAGAAAAAGAGGGAGGUGAGUCUUCAGCUGGUCUGAGAUGCCCGAAAUCUCAGUUUGUCGAGAGAACACAAUCAUGGAGGUCCCAAGAAGAAUCUGAAGCUUUCCUAAGAGCUUGUGCUUUCCAAUCUAAGAAUCCUUUUUGCAUGAUAGUCAUGCAGCUAACUUAUAUUUCAAGAUCCACAUUGGAAAUACCAACCAGAUUUGGCAAAAAGUAUCUUGCAAACUUGGUUGGGCAAAAUCCAAUUCCAAUCAUCCUCUGCGUUCCUGAUGGGAGAACUUGGUCCGUUAAUUGCCAUCGCUAUGGAAAAAGACCAGCUGUGAAAUUCCAAAGUGGCUGGCGGAAAUUCGUGCAUGACAAUAGACUAAAACUUGGUGAUGUUUGUGUGUUUGAGUUGAUUGAGAUCAAAGUAAUCAAAGUGUCUAUUUUCCGAGUCGAUGAAGGUCCAACGAGUGAAAUGUCCCAAGGCAGUGGGAGAAGACAGCAAAGAACAUCAACUGGAAAGAAUAACAGCAAUGGAGGCAGUUCACAGCGCCCAACAAUGAAGGAGGAGCCAUUAUAAGGUUUUGUUCAACAGAUGAUCUCAGAAAUCGCAGAUAUUGUGGCAAGGGACUUGACUAUUACAAGUAAAGUUAGGUUGUUUUUUUUUCCUGGGGCGAGUAAAGUUAGUUAAAUUCGGUAGCUUUUGACAACAACAAUGUAAAUGUUCUGACAUUGCUAUGUUCAUGGCGGAGUUCAUAUGCUCUUUUUGGUUAAAUUCUGUAGUAAUAAUAACGGUAAGAAACUGAUUUUCUGUGUCA